AAUAAGCUUAAUUGUUCUUUGGCGGGCCAGUUAAGAGCAGAGCAGCUAAGCCAAGAGGGAAGCAAAGCAUGGCGGGGAUUCUUUUAUUUUGAUGCCGGCUUGGAUUAGGGUUAGGGUAUUCUCUUCCUCUUCUACGGUUAGAUUGUAGAAUCGCCGACGGGAUGUCGAUCGUGGCGGCUCAGCCGCCCGAUCUUCUGCGGCUUUCAGCCUGGAGAAAUGGUCGGCGCCAUUUCCCAGGAAAAUUCACCUCUCCACAUGUUGGGGCUAGGAGCUUCAUUAGGGCAUCCAAUGAUUGGAAGAGGGAAUGCAAUGUUGAUAGCAAAGAUGUAUCGAUAGAAUGUGGACGUCUUGGGAUUUCUUGUGGACCAUCCGAUCUCCGGUUUGAUAGGCUGCAACCUACAGAGGAGGAGAUUAAUUGCAGGCACCGAAGGGUCUUUGGGAGAUACAUUGCUCGAGAAGCUAUGCUUGAUGAGGAGUUUUGGACUGCGGCAUGGCUGAGGGCGGAGAGUCGUUGGGAAGAUCAACCCGGGGACAGGUUUCUCCAAUUUAACAAGAGGAAAUUUGCUGAUCAGGAGUUUCAUGCAAUAAAGAGGCGAUGCACAGGGAAGUAUGCUGAGGAUUGCACCUGCGUUAUUGCGGUGAAAAAGGAAGAGUUUGGUGUAAAGCGUACAGUUUUAAGCAGCAUUGUUGGAACACUUGACUUUAGUCUCAGACAACUUUUAUGUGGACAAACAUUCCCUGGUGAGCGAUCAAAGGCCCCAUUUUCCUGUGGUAUAUUCCGAUCCGAUUUACCUAGGUAUGGCUACAUUGCAAACUUAUGUGUUGCCAAGUAUGCACGCCGUCAAGGAAUUGCGAGCAACAUGCUUUUUUUAGCUGUGGAUGCUGCGAGAUCAUCUGGCGUUCAUCAGGUAUUUGUUAAUGUCCACAAGGAUAACAUAACAGCUCAGAAGUUGUAUGAGAGGAUAGGCUUUCAGAUUUUUGAGAGGGCCACCCCUCAAACAGAGGAAGAGAAGCUGUAUUUGUUGUGUUACGAUGUAUAGAACUUUUCCUGCAACAUGGGGCUGACCGCUGUAGCCAUUUUGUGUUGGCUAGACAAGAUAAGUCCCACUUGAGGAGUUUUACUUCGGUUUGAUGACCUACUUUGGCUUCGUUUGGGACAACUUUCUUUCUAUUUCUUAAAGCAGUUUUUUAGUACAAAAUUAAAAGAAAGAGGCAAGCGAGUUUGCUUGGCAAAAAUGGUAAGACUUUUAGUUACCAUCUCUUACACGUGUAAAUUGAUUUAUCAUAGAAAUGAUUGUGCCUUCAAUGUUAGUUUGCAUACUGACCAUGAUUUACACAUGUAAAUUGAUUUCUUAUAGAAAAGAUUCUACCAUUCUUUUUGCUUA